AACGGCAUUGUUAUAAUAAUAUUCUACAACUACUACUCUCUGGCAAUUAACCAGUUAAGCAAACCCUUUCAUCACAAAAACAAAACCUGCUCUCUGCCAAUUUGAAAAUCAGAAGCAAUAUUUUGCUGUUCUAGGUUUAUUGGAGUGAAAGUUGAUCUGUAAAUCAACACACAAGAUGUGGGGUAUUUCUAGAUGUUGUGAGAAAAUUUACACCGUUACGGAAGGGGGAUCUAGUUAUUGUUCCAAGAAAAAGGAUGAUUUGUGUAAUCAGGAUACUGGACGAGCCUCGAGUAUGUCGAGACUAAAAUGUAUUUUGCGUGGCUUGGAUCUUAAAACAUAUAUCUUUCUCUUUGUCUUGAUACCAACAUGUGUCUGGGGUAUAUACGUCCAUGGCCAGAAAAUCACCUACUUUCUACGCCCUUUAUGGGAAAAACCACCAAAACCAUUUAAUGAAAUGCCUCACUAUUAUCAUGAGAAUGUAUCAAUGGAGAAUCUCUGUAAACUUCAUGGCUGGGGAAUCCGUGAGUACCCGAGGCAUGUCUUUGAUGCAGUGUUGUUUAAUAAUGAGGUUGACAUGCUUACCAUACGGUGGAAGGAGUUAUACCCUUAUAUUACAGAGUUUGUUCUACUUGAAUCAAAUUCAACCUUCACUGGAUUGCCAAAGCCUUCUUACUUUGCUAAUCACAGAGGAGAGUUUGAAUUUGUUGAGUCAAGAUUGACGUAUGGACAAAUUCCUGGAAGAUUUAGAAGAGGAGAAAACCCUUUUGUUGAGGAGGCCUAUCAGAGGCUUGCAUUGGAUUAUCUUCUCAAACAAGCAGGUAUUCAGGAUGAUGACUUACUGAUAAUGUCCGAUGUUGAUGAGAUACCUAGUAGACAUACCAUCAAUCUUUUGAGGUGGUGUGAUGAUGUACCUUCAGUUCUUCAUCUUCGAUUGAAGAAUUAUCUUUACUCCUUUGAAUUUCUCGUUGAUAAUGAUAGCUGGAGAGCUUCUGUGCAUCGCUACCAAUCGGGUAAGACAAGGUAUGCUCAUUACAGACAGUCGGACACCAUCUUGGCAGACGCAGGGUGGCAUUGUAGCUUUUGUUUCCGCCGCAUAAGUGAAUUUAUAUUUAAGAUGAAAGCCUACAGCCAUUUUGACAGGGUCAGAUUUUCUCAUUUUCUCAACCCUAAGAGAGUCCAAAGGGUUAUCUGUAAUGGGGAUGAUUUAUUUGAUAUGCUACCGGAGGAGUAUACAUUCAGGGAAAUCAUUGGCAAAAUGGGACCAAUUCCCCACUCUUAUUCAGCUGUUCACCUACCGGCAUAUCUUUUGGAAAAUGCAGACAAGUAUAAGUUUCUUUUGCCAGGUAAUUGCUUGAGAGAAAGUGGGUGAUCUAGCUAGCAGGUUUUUGUUAUAUUUUCUUUUUGGUGAAUGUCAAGGAUGCAGUUCUUCGUUGCUCCUUACAAAUCAAAUGACAAUCCUGCGGAAUGUCCAUGACUUCCUAUCAUACUGCAGAAACGUUUGGAAUGUUUUGAAUGAAUACAUCAGAUUUGGGAAGUCAGAUGAUUUUUGUAUAUAGCUUCUUAGAUAUCGUUUUCUCAGGACAAAAAGGGUGUUUGCUGGCAGAAGUGCUAUUAGUUCGAAACUCUGUAUGUCAUAGUAUAUU